UCAGUUCUCAGUAAAGAAAUUUCAAAUUUCAUCUCUCUCUCUUUCUCUCUCUCUCUCUCCCUCGGUGAGUUCCUGCGUCUCAGAGAGGAAGCUUUCUGGGCUUUUCUUUCAUUGCAGACUUUUUCUAGUUGGUGCCGGUGAGUUCCUGCGUCUCAGAGAGGAAGCUUUCUGGGCUUUUCUUUCAUUACAGACUUUUUCUAGUUGGUGCUUCCAAGGGGGAUUUGAAGCAGCUGAGAACAGCCGUUUCUGGAUUUCAGUCGGUGGGGGACGUAAUGGCUCGCAAGCGUAAAAGUUCUGGAAACAAGGACAAUAUGCCCGAGGAGAAGGAAGUUGAGCCUAGAAGCUCACAUUCUUCAGAACGAGUGGAAGAGCAAUCUGAUUGUGCGAAUCCUUUGACGGAGAAGGUGGACGCUUUGGUGGAGAAAGUGAAUUCGCAGCCUAGUAAGGAAGCAAACACUACAAAAUCAUAUUCUCGGAAGAAAAAGAUGAAGUACCAAGUUGCUAUUGUACCUAACAAAGAGCAUUCUGAUUGUGCGAAUCCUUUGACGGAGAAAGUGGACGCUUUGGUGGAGAAAGUGAAUUCGCAGCCUAUUAAGGAAGCAAACACUACAAAAUCAUAUUCUCAGACGAAAAAGAUGAAGUACCAAGUUGCUACUGUAAGGCGAUCUGGUCGCAUUAACAACACUGUUGUGACUGCGCAAAAUCAAGACAUUGAGCUUGUUACUGAAGAGGUAAUCCUUGGAGAAAGCCAGAAGGAAGACGGACAAGUUAAUGUGGAGAAACAACUUCCAAGGUUGACAACGGAAGAGAAAGGCAUGGAAGAAAAAAUUGACUAUAUUUCACGACUUUUGGAAGCACAAGGAAAGAAUAUGGAGGAAAUGAUAUCCAAGGAGCCAAGAAGAGACUCUGGGAGUAACAGCCGUAAUAAGGGAUACAAAGGCUUGUACAUAACCUCCCAAAAUAAGGUUGAUGCUUUGACAAAGGAAAACCAUCGGCUUUUACUGAAGCUAGAAAAUGCGCUCGCAAAACUCGAAGGAUAUGAGAAAGGAACGCGAGUGGCAACCGAAUGGAUGCAGAGUUUGAGGGACAUUACUUUGAUUUCGAAUGUGAGUGUGACGAGAAGAACUGAGAAAGCCAUAUGCAAUGCACUCUCUUCCCAGGCCAGAGGAAGAAAGACUCGUGAAAAGAAGUGAAACAAAUCCACAUGCAAUGCACUCUCCUCUCCUAACACGGAGUUCUUCUCUAAUGUUAUGUCCAUGUUUUGUAUUUAGCUAAUUAACUGCAAAGACCAAUUAACAGUGUUGGAUGGGAUUGUUUUCAACAUUUGAGCUCGAGUAUGUACUUAUUUGUGUUUGGCAACUUACUCUUUUAACAUUUUCCAGCAUCAUCGGCGGUAUGCUAAGAAA